AUGGAUAAUACCAAUAAGCUAUCAACCCUGGAUAAGAUUUUACUGAAACUAGUAUUUCAGGUGAAUCAGAGUUCAGAACGGCAAAAAGGAAUUAAGGAACAGAUUCAGAUAUAUUCAGAAAACAUAUUAAAAAAGCGACAACAAAUUGACGACUUACAAGUGAAAAGUAGCCAACUUGAUGAUGAAAUUAAUCGAAUGCAGAAGAUAAGUACACAUGCCAUAGAGAACAUUAAAGUGUGGAAGCCAACGUGUUUAUUCCUAACACAGCAUGAAGAAAAUUUUCAGAAGCAGCUUGUAGAGCAGCGUGCUAGCACAAUGAGAGAUAAGGAAAUGUAUCAGGAAUAUAUAAAGCAAUACAAAGAUAUUCUGCAACAGCAUCAAUCACAGUAUUCUGAAUUUCCUCAAGCUAAAGAGUUUUUAAGAAAAAAAGUAGAGUUGGAAGACAUUCGAUGUAGAGUAUUGAACUGCACUGAACAAAUGAAACAAAAGGCAGAGUUCCUUGCAGACCUUCUAGAGCCAUCAUCUUUUGAAUCAUUCCAUGAAUGGGCUCUAGAAAUUGCCAGGUUAAAAAUAGACACAAGUAAUGUUCUGCAACAUAUCAAUACGCUUAGAAAAGAGAAGACAUCUGAAGAUAAGUAUGAACAGUUGGAGAAUGCUGCACAGUUUGGUGAUUCUGGUAAUGAAGAACUAAAUGAACUUCAAUCAAGUCUGUCACAUAUCAAUUUGCCAAAUAUUGCCACUUCAAAGGAACAAGUUCAAAGGAAUUACCAACAGCUGGAAUACCCGGUUAUGUUAAAUACUGUGGUAAGUCCUGAACAGGCACAAUCCCAGAAACAUGCCACAGUUGAUCAGAAAUCAACAUUAUUUUUGAAGCCAUUCCAAGUGCCGUUGCAACAGUCACAGACAGAAACAGAAAGUGGAACACAGAAGAAUCUGCAAGCAAGUAAUGUGCUGGUUUCACAACUUAAUCCAUUACGAAAAGAAUGCGAGGAAACUGAAGAUAAUAUCCAAGACCCAGCAAUGGAAUUCUCAAAACAUGAGCAAUCUCUAACAAAGGUUUUCGCUGUGGUUCCAGAAGAUUCUCAAAAUUCCAUUAAAACCCCAGAAGUAAGUGGAAUUCAUCAACAGAAAAUUUUUCAGAUGACGUUAGCAACCAAGAAUGAAGGACAACCUCAAUCCUGCCCAUUUGUUCGCCAGGACCAAGAAGCUCCUGUAUCAUGGUUAGAAAAUAACCUACCAAUAUCAGAUGAUGGAACAAUGGGAAAAGUGGACACUGGUCAAAGUAAGGCAUUUGUUCGAACUGAAUCAAUUUAUAACUCUCAGGAUGGUGACACUGAAGAGGCUGCAAAGGGCAUGACACAGAUUUUUCCAAGAACACCUGAGCAGGUUGAAUCAAGGCAAAAGGAAUUUGAAAUGAAUUCUUAUUUGCAAUGUGAGGAAACACCAUCAAAAUCACCUGGCUUUUCUUUCCUGAAUACAUCUACACCCAAAUCAACUGGAUUUAAUUUAUUUGGAAGAAUGCCAUUUGACUUAACUGAAACACCUGAGCAGGUGACUGAUAACCACAGCACUGUUAACCAGUUUGAGUUCUCGAAUUUGUUUUUCAAGAAAACGCCUGAAAAGCAUUGCACAUCUAAUGUAACAGACAAUCUUCAAUCAUCCUCAAAAGAUAGCGGAAUGGCAAGUCCAUCAAGUGAACAGCCAUUUACAUUUUCUUUCCAAUCUGAUUUAUCUUCAAAUAAUUAUGGAAACAGCAAAGAUGACUUCAGUUUUGGUUUCUCCUUUGGACAAGAUCAGAGAUCAAACCAACCAGGUCCUUUCAAAUUCUUUUAA